AGCACCCCCCCCAGGGUUCCAGGGGACAGAGUUUGAAAACCAGUUGAUCGGCUCUUCACAAGAUCCCUUUAUGCUUGAUUUUUCUGGGGUUCAAGUGUUUAAAAUUCCAAGAGGGGGAGGGCUCUGGGUGUCAUGGACCCAUAGGAGUCUAAGGCUGGGCAGGCAGCCCCUCCCUGCAUGCAUGCUGCUCAGGAAUUUGGGGCGAGGUCUGAGCCUCAGCACAGGCAGCUAGGGGACCUAUCCCAGGAGCAGUGUGCGGCUCUUCAGCAUCCUCUGCCCCCCGCCCCGUGCCCUUUCCUGCUUUCUAGAGCUCAGGCGCAGGUAGCUCUGUUUGUCUCCUGGAGCUACUAGAGAGGGGGCUUUGCAGGGUAAGGAGUGGGGAGAUGCAGUUGGGGGCACCCAGGUUGGGAACUCAAAAGGCCUGUGGUCCCCACCGCACCUUCUCCAGCCAGUGGACAGGAGUGAGCAUUCCUCUGAGGUGGUAGCUAGGGGACAGACCAGAUGCCGGCUGGGCUGGAUUCCGCCUGGGGCCCACGGCUGCAACCACUUUAAGCCCCUGGCUUCCCCACACUUUGGAGCUCUUCCUCUGCAGACCCCUAUUGGACCAGAAUCCUGGGCACCCUCCCCCAGGGCCCUGGCCAUGGUGCCUGGCUUACCUGUGAGAUGCAGGCAGCAGCUGGCCGGAAGGAGCAGGGCGUGCCUGCUGCCCAGCGGCCCAGCCACCCACCACCCCACGCCAGGGCCCGCUGUGUGGCACUCUGUGACAUGAAGGCGGGCAGGCAGGAAACCCAAGCUGAGAGGAGAUCAAUCAUUCAUGGGACGGCUCUCCGGGAAACCCUAACCCUGGCCCAGUAGCCAAAUGACCAGCCAGGGCCCCCAUCCUGACAGGGCCAGACGACAGCACCAUGCCUGGGCCCCUCCCGCAGGCUGUCAGCCCCAGAGGAUACAGCUCCACUGACACUGCACCUUGGCCCCUCUAACCUGGCCCCUCUUUUCAGUGACACUUGCCCUCUGUUUCAGCCAGGAUGUCACCUCGUAGGGGCCCCUGGGGGCAACUUAUCACCUCCUUUCCCACCUCCCCCUUGCUCGAGUCGCCAUCUCCAGAUGAAGAACUGGGACUAGGGGUGUUCAACAACCCGGUUUCCAGCUGCAACAUGGCAGAACUGGAGUUGGAAACUAGGGGCAGCCACAUGUCCUGCCCCUCUCUGCUGAGGACAGUUCUGGUGACCAACCUGGCAUUACCCUGGCCACCCCAGGGCAGAGGGCAGGGAUGAGGUCCUGGGCCGCCUGCCUACUCACCCUAAUCCCCCUCAGGGCCCAUCCCAGGCGAUCAACUCUAAGGCUGGGGGUGCGUAAGCAGCUUUAUGGGUCCCAAGAGCCAAGGGUGCUCAGGGACGCUGUGUUCCUGAGCCCUGCCAUCCCUUCCUACAUGGCCACAGAGCAGAACCCCCAGAAGUCCCCUGAGGGGGUUGUGGCCCCUGGCAGUGGUGCUGAGGGGGCCCCCUUGACUAGGAGGAAGAGCAAGAAGGAGAGGGGACUCCGAGGGUCCCAUAAGGGCAGCUCUGGUGAGCAGACUUCUGUCCAGGGCCCUGAGGCCCCAGGGAACAGCAAGAAUCCUUCCAAGACUGGAGAGGGGCAGGGGGGGCCACCUCUCACAUCACGCCGCCAGUCCCAUCGACAUCGCCCUGACCCCCAGCAGGAUGCUGCUCAGAGGACAUACGGGCCCCUGCUCAACCGCAUCUUUGGGAAGGACCGUGAGCUGGGCCCAGAGGAGCGGGAGGAGCUGCAGGCUGCCUUCGAGGAGUUUGACACUGACCGGGACGGCUACAUCGGCUACCGGGAGCUGGGUGCCUGCAUGCGGACCCUGGGCUACAUGCCCACCGAGAUGGAGCUCAUCGAGGUCUCGCAGCACGUGAAGAUGCGCAUGGGUGGCUGUGUGGACUUUGAGGAGUUUGUGGAGCUGAUAGGCCCAAAGCUGAGAGAGGAGACGGCACACAUGCUGGGGGUUCGGGAGCUGCGCAUCGCCUUCCAAGAGUUUGACAGGGACAAGGAUGGGAGAAUUACAGUCACAGAGCUGCAGCAGGCAGCACCGCCUCUCCUCGGGGAGUCACUGGAGGGUUCUGAGCUGGAUGAGAUGCUCCGAGACAUGGACCUCAAUGGGGACGGCACCAUAGACUUUGAUGAGUUUGUGAUGAUGUUGUCCACCCACUGAGACCUGGGGCCCCAGACACCAGCAGGGCCUGGACUGCACACCCUCCCCCCUACGAAGAAGCUCCAGGAUGGAAGAGACCCAGAGGCCCCCCAGGACCACACACCACCAGGGAGUCUGCUUGGAUGUCUCAGCCACCUUUAUGCUCACCUACCCCUGCUGGAGCUGCCUGGACGAAGACCUGCCCUCAACUGCCCAUCAUCUCCACUGUGGGUGAAGUUUGGAUCUCUCCCAAACCUGGGCACAGGCAGUGUCCCAGUAGGGGGAAGCGUUAGGGGAUCCCCAGUAACAUAGUGAAUUGAGAGGGUGGCUGGAUCCCGCUCAUUCCUAACAUAUAUAAAAUGUCUUUUUAAAAAAUGGACUUGAAAGAAGGGGAUGACCCCAGUUUCCAAAGAAAAGAGACCAAAGUUUGGCACCUGGCUAGAGGCUUGGGGGCCUGGGCUCUAGCACCCACGAGUGACAGAGACCCACGCAAGUCUGCAGGCAGGGGCAAGAAAUGAACCUCACAGAUACAUUCCAGGGUCUCAAAGGGCUGCCUUGUUCCUGUCUCCACCGACCAGUCUGGGAAAGUGGCAAGGAUAUUUAGGGCCUUGUGGGGAAACAAGUGAUCCUCAAGACAGAGGGGCAGGGACGAUGGGGCAUGUGGACAUGAUGAUGCUGUCCUAGAGAAGGCUAGGUUUGUUGGUUAGCAUUAGACUCUGUUGACCACUUAAGGGAAGCCAUUAAUACAACAGGAAUAGACUGUUCCACUCAAUACUCAGAUCAGUAGAGGAGGGUAGAUGAGGAAUUCUUGAUUAAACCAGUAGAAAGUUGGGAUAGAGGAUGAAAAAGGCAAAGAAAAAUAAAAUACAUAGAAAAUAUUAAGACAGAAAGUAGAAAUAAUCCUUUAAAAAUCAAUUAUUACAAUAAAUAUAAAUACAUUAAAUUUGUUAGUUUAAAGUCAGAGAGUCCCAGUCCCCAAAGAAAGUGCUAAUGGUGUGGGGGUCUGGCUUGUGGUAGAGUACUUGCCUGACAUGUGUGAGGCCCUGGGUUUGGUCCCCAGCACCACACACAAAAACAGAAAAACAAAAAAUUAAAAAAUAUUAGGUUGUUUUUCUUAUAACUCAUCAAAAACAACAGUGUUUUAACCUGGGUAGAAAUUUGCUUGCUCAAGAAAAGUCUAUAGGUGGAGCCCAACUGUAUAUAUUCUUCAAGGACCCAGCCUCCUUCUGGCUGACUGCUCUGCCAUCCUUAGGGAGUGCCCACAUUUGUUUGUUUUCCUGGUGGCAGGAUGGAGUCAGGUAUAAAGGAAAAAGAGGAAAAGAGUAUGAACAAUCUGGCUGGGCACAAUGGUACACACC